UUCUGAGUGCCUUAGGUCACUGCUGUUGUGUCUUCGUCCAUGGUGCUCUAACACCGUUGCCUGAUGCCACAAGUGCCUGUUAAGAACUUGAAGUGUGGCUUGUCCAACUUGAGAUGAUGCCGGACCAGAUCUCCGUGUCCGAGUUCAUCGCCGAGACCACCGAGGACUACAACUCGCCCACCACGUCCAGCUUCACCACGCGGCUGCACAACUGCAGGAACACCGUCACGCUGCUGGAGGAGGCUCUAGACCAAGAUAGAACAGCCCUACAGAAAGUGAAGAAAUCUGUCAAAGCAAUAUAUAAUUCUGGUCAAGAUCAUGUACAGAAUGAAGAAAACUAUGCACAAGUUCUGGAUAAGUUUGGAAGUAAUUUUUUAAGUAGAGACAACCCUGACCUUGGCACCGCUUUUGUCAAGUUUUCUACACUUACAAAGGAACUGUCCACGCUGCUGAAGAAUCUGCUCCAGGGUCUGAGCCACAAUGUGAUCUUCACCUUGGAUUCCUUGUUAAAAGGAGACUUGAAGGGGGUCAAAGGAGAUCUCAAGAAACCAUUUGACAAAGCCUGGAAAGAUUAUGAGACGAAGUUUACAAAAAUUGAGAAGGAGAAAAGAGAGCAUGCAAAACAGCACGGGAUGAUCCGCACAGAGAUAACCGGAGCCGAGAUUGCAGAAGAAAUGGAGAAGGAACGGCGCCUCUUCCAGCUCCAGAUGUGUGAAUAUCUCAUUAAAGUUAAUGAAAUCAAGACCAAAAAGGGUGUGGACCUGCUGCAGAACCUUAUCAAGUAUUAUCACGCACAGUGCAAUUUCUUUCAGGAUGGCUUGAAAACAGCUGAUAAACUGAAACAGUACAUAGAAAAGCUGGCUGCUGACUUGUAUAAUAUAAAGCAAACCCAAGAUGAAGAGAAGAAACAGCUAACUGCACUCCGAGACCUAAUAAAGUCCUCUCUGCAGCUUGAUCCGAAAGAAGACUCUCAGAGCCGGCAAGGCGGGUACAGCAUGCAUCAGCUCCAGGGCAAUAAGGAAUACGGCAGUGAAAAGAAGGGGUACCUGCUGAAGAAGAGUGAUGGAAUAAUCCCAGAUACUUUGAGGAUACAGAUAAAAGGAGUCUCUAAGAGGAUCCGGAAGGUGUGGCAGAGAAGGAAGUGUGCGGUAAAGAAUGGGAUCCUGACCAUCUCUCAUGCAACUUCUAACAGGCAGCCGGCGAAGUUAAACCUUCUCACCUGCCAGGUGAAACCAAAUGCAGAGGACAAGAAGUCUUUUGACCUGAUAUCACAUAAUAGAACAUACCACUUUCAGGCAGAAGAUGAGCAGGAUUAUGUAGCGUGGAUAUCAGUCCUGACGAAUAGCAAAGAAGAGGCCCUAACCAUGGCCUUCCGUGGUGAGCAGAGCACAGGGGAGAACAGUCUGGAGGAUCUGACCAAAGCCAUCAUCGAGGAUGUACAGCGGCUCCCCGGGAAUGACAUCUGCUGUGACUGUGGCUCAUCAGAACCCACAUGGCUUUCAACCAACUUGGGUAUUUUGACCUGUAUAGAAUGUUCCGGAAUCCACAGGGAAAUGGGGGUUCAUAUCUCUCGCAUUCAGUCUUUGGAACUAGACAAAUUAGGAACUUCCGAACUCUUGCUGGCCAAGAAUGUAGGAAACAAUAGUUUUAAUGAUAUCAUGGAAGCAAAUUUACCCAGCCCUUCACCAAAGCCCACCCCUUCAAGUGAUAUGACUGUACGAAAAGAGUAUAUCACUGCAAAGUAUGUUGACCACCGGUUCUCCAGGAAGACCUGUGCCUCUUCCUCAGCCAAGCUGAACGAAUUGCUAGAGGCCAUCAAGUCCAGGGACUUACUUGCACUAAUCCAAGUCUAUGCAGAGGGGGUAGAGCUAAUGGAGCCGCUGCUGGAACCGGGGCAGGAGCUCGGGGAGACAGCCCUUCACCUUGCCGUCAGGACCGCAGACCAGACGUCUCUGCAUCUGGUUGAUUUCCUUGUACAAAACUGUGGGAACCUGGAUAAGCAAACAUCCGUGGGGAAUACGGUCCUGCACUAUUGCAGCAUGUAUGGCAAGCCGGAGUGUCUGAAGCUGCUGCUUCGGAGCAAGCCUACCGUGGACAUUGUUAACCAGAAUGGAGAAACUGCCUUGGAUAUAGCAAAGAGACUCAAAGCUACCCAGUGUGAAGAUCUGCUUUCCCAGGCUAAAUCCGGCAAGUUCAACCCACAUGUCCAUGUAGAGUAUGAAUGGAACCUUCGGCAGGACGAGAUGGAUGAAAGCGAUGACGAUCUGGAUGACAGACCAAGCCCCAUCAAGAAGGAGCGCUCCCCCAGACCCCAGAGCUUCUGCCACUCCUCCAGCAUCUCGCCACAGGACAAGCUGGCACUGCCAGGGUUCAGCACUCCGCGGGACAAGCAGCGACUCUCCUACGGAGCCUUCACCAACCAGAUCUUCGCGAGCACAGACUCGCCCACAUCGCCCACCUCCGAGGCUCCCCCUUUGCCACCUAGGAAUGCCGGGAAAGGUCCACCUGGCCCACCUUCUACACUCCCUCUAGGCACGCAGACCUCUAGUGGCAGCUCCACCCUGUCCAAGAAGAGGCCACCUCCCCCACCACCCGGACACAAGAGAACCCUGUCCGACCCUCCCAGCCCACUACCUCAUGGGCCCCCAAACAAAGGCGCAAUUCCUUGGGGUAAUGAUGUGGGCCCAUCCUCUUCAAGUAAGACGACAAACAAGUUUGAGGGGCUGUCUCAGCAAGCAAGCACCGGUUCUGCUAAGACGGCUCUCGGCCCGAGAGUGCUUCCUAAACUACCUCAGAAAGUGGCACUAAGGAAGACAGAAACCAGCCAUCAUCUCUCCCUCGACAAAGCCAACAUCCCACCUGAGGUUUUUCAGAAGUCAUCACAGUUGGCAGAGUUACCCCAAAAGCCACCACCUGGAGACCUGCCCCCGAAGCCUACGGAACUGGCCCCUAAGCCCCAAAUUGGAGAGUUGCCACCUAAGCCUGGAGAACUGCCCCCCAAGCCCCAGUUAGGUGACCUUCCCCCCAAGCCGCAGCUCUCAGACUUACCUCCCAAACCACAGAUGAAGGACCUGCCCCCCAAGCCGCAGCUGGGAGACCUGCUGGCCAAGUCCCAGGCUAGCGAAGUCUCAUCCAAGGUGCAGCCAGCCUCAGAGGUCACACAGAAGUUACACAUGGGGGAUCUCUCCCCAAAUGUGCAAAGCAGAGAUGCCAUCCAGAAGCAAGCAUCUGAGGACUCCAAUGACCUCACACCCACCCUGCCGGAGACACCCGUACCACUGCCGAGAAAAAUCAAUACGGGGAAAAAUAAAGUGAGGCGCGUGAAGACCAUUUAUGACUGCCAGGCAGACAACGACGAUGAGCUCACGUUUAUCGAGGGAGAAGUGAUCAUUGUAACAGGGGAAGAGGACCAGGAGUGGUGGAUUGGGCACAUCGAAGGACAGCCUGAAAGGAAGGGUGUCUUUCCAGUGUCCUUUGUUCACAUCCUGUCUGACUAGCAAAAAGCAGAACCUUCUGUCCGUCCGUCCGUCCGUCCGUCCGUCCACACCCUUCAUGCCAGACCGCUGCCUCCAUGUAAUCCUGUAUACAACAUGUAUAUAGCUGCUGUUACAGAGCAAGAACUCAUGGAAGGGCCACUCAAGAGGGGAAUAUAGUAUGUAUUGUAAAUAUCCUGUGGUCUUCUGCCUUCACCAGUGUUAGGGUAGCCUCGGGACCUGGUGCGCCUUACUGGUUUGCCAAAGCCAUCCUUGGCAUCUAGCACUCACAUCUCUCUCUCUCUCUGUGCUGUUUGACGAGCAAACAAAAACCAGGAGUCUAGGAGCUGCUGGUUUUCCAGGUGAAGAGUCUCCAGCAGCUGUUGAAGGGUGCAGAACUGACUCUCCUAACAAUGCAGUAUUCUCAGUGGCGUUUCUGAACACGCAACAUUAGCAGAGGUGGGUUCUGUGCUCCAGGCGGAACUUUAAGUUAGUCUCUGGCCUGCCAGCCUGUAGUUACCUGUGUACACAGUUUACAGCUACAAAAACCUACUUUGGUAUUUAUUACAGAAAAGUGCUCAGUUAAAUGUGUUAUUCCUUCAGCAAAUACUCACUGACACAAAAUCCUCUGCAGCAUUUUACAGUGUACACGGCCUUGUACAAGUUUAGAUGAGUGGAUUUGUACAUCUUAUGGCGAGUGCCCACCCCUGAGAUAUUACCUCAUUAUGCAAAAAUUAACAUAUCCUUCAUGACUAUUUUGACAAAAGCUUAAAACCACGUCUGAUGAAGUUCAACUUUCAGGAACCAAGGACUGCCAGAAAAUAUCCACCUCUACAUUAUGCAUGCAUCUAGAAGCUUACCCGAAUUCUGCCUUUUAUAAAGGAACGAACAGUAUGAAGAAGUGAACUGUACAUUUUUAAACUUGAUUGCCAUUAAAGCAGAAGUUACAAGAUUGCAACAA